UCUCGGUCUCGUACUGACGACUCCAUUGGCAAGAGCCUUCUUUAUCGACAUCUUACUGGUCCACUCUGGACUUCGGCAGUAAUCUUCGUCAUGUUUGCCGCCGCCACCUCGUUCUUUGCGCGCACUGCCAUCUCGCAGUCGUAUAACAUCUCCAGUUCUGGCGCUGGAAGCCGUUCCCCGACACCCGGACCCGGAGCUUCUGGCUCUCAAGCUCAAGCUUCGUCUGCAAAUAACUUCUCUCUACCCAUAACCAUUGGCCUCUGGCGCGUUCAAUCUGCCUCACACAAAGUGACGAACAAGCGUGUCAGCGUGUGGUCAUUUGACAAGCGCAGUCCUGAGAUCGAGAGACUGCGGCCGGCUGCGAAGGAAAGAACGCUAGAAGUACUCAAAGCCGAGAGGCUUACACACCAAGAGGCCUCUGCGCUCACAAGGCUACGGCAUCCUUGUAUUUUGGAAAUGGUUGAACCACUGGAAGAGACACGGACGGAAUUGAUAUUCGCAACGGAACCUGUGUUGUCUUCAUUGGAGUUAUCUAUCCCGAGUGGAAGUCGACAUUCCCCUCUCGUGGAGUUGGACGAAGUCGAAAUCCAGAAAGGCAUCUUGCAAAUAUGCAAAGGGCUUUCAUUCUUGCACUCAUCGGCGCUGCUGAUACAUUCUAAUCUCAGUCCGGAGAGUAUAAUCAUCAAUAGCUCGGGUGACUGGAAAAUCGCGGGGCUGGGACUGACGAUUCCGCUGAUGGCACCUGGGGGCGGGGCGACACGAUGGGAGUUUCCAACAUUCGACGGACAUGUCCCACAGUACAUUCAGCGCUCAUUCGACUACAUGGCACCGGAGUAUGCGCUGGACGAGCAACUCAUUACUGGGUCUGACAUGUACUCGCUCGGGUGCACGAUAUAUGCCGUGCACUGCAAGGGCAUUCCUCCGUUCAAAAAUCAUGGUAGUCUGGGCGGGCUGCGCGAGAACGCUGGUCGUCCACCGCCGAAUAUGGAUUCCUUGGAUCCUGAUCUACAAGGUCUCUUGCGUUCGUUAAUAACGCGACACCCUGCAAGCAGACCCACUCCGACCACCCUCCCUUCGCAUGGGUUCUUCUCAUCACUGCCCAUAUCAACACUGAACUUCCUGGACCGGUCGAACUUCACCGCGAAAACCCGCGAGGAAAAGAUCUCGUUCAUGAAGGGGCUCACGAACGUCCUCGACAAAUUCUCAUCGGGUUUACGAACGCGGAAGAUCCUGCCCAGUUUGCUAGAAGAGAUGAAGGACACACAUCUGCUACCGUACAUUCUGCCAAAUGUCUUUCUGAUUGCGCAGAUCCUAUCUUCGGCCCAGUUUGCGGCACUGGUACUGCCGAGCUUAAAGCCUCUCUUUGCGGUGAAAGAGCCACCGCAGAAUAUGCUGACGUUGCUGGAGAAUCUCGAGAUGUUGCAGGAAAAGACGGAGGGGUCGGUAUUCCGGACGGAAGUGCUGCCUUUGGUCUAUAACGCGCUGGAGUCGGACCACGCCGUCGUGCAGGAACGGGCGCUGAAGGCUGUGCCUCGGUUAUGUGAGAGCAUUGACUACGCCGAGGUGCAGGGCGUCCUGUUCCCCAGAGUUGCGCUGGUCUUUACGAAAACGCGCGUUCUUACAGUGAAGGUGGCGACGCUUGAAACGUUCUUGGCUAUGGUGGGGACUCUGGACCAAUCCAGUCUGACGCAGAAGCUCGUGCCGCUGCUGUCCAAAAUCCGAACCAAAGAGCCGGCAGUGACAAUGGCGACGUUGGCUGUGCAAGAAGCCAUGGGCCUCAAAGUCGACCGGGAAGCUGUCGCUACCCUGGUCCUGCCCCAGUUGUGGGCUAUGUCCAUCGGACCCCUGCUCAGCCUGAACCAAUUUGAGCGCUUCAUGGGUGUGAUCCGGAAGCUCUCGGACCGAAUUGAACAGGAACACAAACAGUUUCUGCGCGAUUCGCAACGACUGGAGGAUCGGUCGUCGACGGGACAGACCAACGGAGCUAAUGGCGGCGGUGCGGACGGGAAUGUGGACUUCGCGAGCUUGGUGGCCAGGGCAAAUGGUGCUCUUAAGCCUGACGUGACUGGGGGAAGUGCAACAGGGACGACAACAGCCACAAGCUGGGACGACGAUCCAUGGGCUAGCAUGCUGGGAGAACCGAACGUGGCUACGCCUUCGAGUCCUCCACUGGCCAUGAAUUUCCCAAAGCAUCAAACACUUCAACCACCGCCACCGCCAGCCUCGCCGUUCCAACCCCCAAAGCCAUCACCGUUGAGCAUGCGAGCAUCCUCAAGUUCGUUCUCGACUGCUCCCGUCAUACCCCGCGCUGCGCCCAUAUCCCCCCCGCAACAACCGUCGUAUAAUCUGUCCACCACCACAAAGCCGAAUUACAACAUCUCCCUCCCAUCGGUCGCACCCGUACCCGCGCCCGCGCCCGCACCCAGUUACUCGGCGCCUCCGUUAGCCUUUUCCUCGCCGCCAUUGACCGCAUCACCGCCGCCAUCAUUCGGCUUCUCCAACACCCCGAUGAUGGCCGCCGCUUCACCUCCUCUGAUGGGGGCCAGCUCGCCGAUGAUGGGAUCGGGCUUGCUGGCGCCAUCCAAGCCGCCAGUGCCGACAUGGACAGCCCCCAAGGCAAACAACGACGGCUGGGCGGACUUUGAUCCCCUCGCGUAGCCAGUUUAGACAGCCUUAUCUAUCCGUAUUAUAUGUUUCAACCAGGACAUCUGUAAUCGCGCCGACGCCCGAGGCUGGGACAAUGCUGUCGUCCGCGUCCGAAUCCUGCUCUGGGAUGGCGGCGGCGUCGAUGAAAAUGCCGAGGAUCCCGCGGAGUACGA